AUGGAGAAGAGAAUACUGCAACUCAAAGAUGAGGUUCUAUUGCAGCAUCCAUAUCUCAUAGUUCUUGCAGUAAUUUUAAGCUUCAUCAUUAUGGAUCCCUUUCAAUUAAGUCCAGUAGGGGGCCAUGACUUUAGGCCUGUAAAGAAUGACAUUGCAUCAUACCAGGAAGUCAUGGAGAGUUGGCCCAGGGACAACCGAAGCCGGUUGGGAUUGGGAAACUUGGAGUUCAAGGAUCAAAUUUUUGGCCCCGAGUCGUUGGAGUUUGAUACAUGGGGACGUGGCCCUUACGCUGGACUUGCUGAUGGCCGUAUUGUACGGUGGAUGGGAGAAGAUGUAGGAUGGGAAACAUUUGCACUUGUAACGCGUAACUGGACUGAGAAGCUAUGUUGUAAAGGUGUUCAUUCAACUACACAUAAGCAAUGGAAGGUCGAGUCGAAGUGUGGGCGUCCCCUAGGCCUUAGGUUUGACAGAAAGAGUGGAGAUUUGUACAUUGCAGAUUCUUACUAUGGCCUACUGGUAGUGGGACCUGAAGGAGGCCUUGCCACUCCUUUGGCAACACACGUAGACGGGAAGCCUAUUCUUUUCGCAAAUGACCUCGAUAUUCAUAACAAUGGAUCCAUAUUUUUCACUGAUACUAGCAAGAAAUACAACAGGGUGGACCAUUUCUUCAUAAUGUUGGAAGGGGAAGCCACUGGUAGACUCCUUAGAUAUGAUCCACCUACAAGAACAACACAUGUAGUAUUGGAGGGUUUGGCAUUUCCAAAUGGAGUCCAAUUGUCUAAAGACCAAUCCUUUCUUCUAUUCACUGAAACAACUAAUUGCAGGAUCAUCAAGUACUUUUUAGAAGGUUCUGAAAAGGGUACCACCGAGAUCAUAGCUGACCUUCCGGGAUUUCCAGACAAUAUAAGGCUUAACCAAAAAGGUCAGUUUUGGGUAGCAAUUGAUUGUUGUCGGACUCGAGCACAGGAAUUUCUUAUUUACAAUCCAUGGUUGAGGAACAUAUACUUCCGACUGCCCAUUCCGAUGAGGUAUUUGGCCAGGUUCGUGGGAAUGAGGAUGUAUUCUAUGGUAUCACUCCUCAAUGAUAAAGGAGAUGUAUUGGAUGUUCUUGAAGAUAAAAAGGGUGUAGUGAUGAAGCUAGUGAGUGAAGUAAAAGAGGCAAAUGGGAAGUUAUGGAUUGGAACAGUGGCCCACAAUCACAUUGCCACCCUCCCUUACCCUCUUCAACUUGUUCCUGCUGGUGCUGCAACUGUUGCUGCUGUAGUAGUUGAUGCUGCUGAAACUGAUGCUGCUGUUUCUGAGAAUGAAUCUGGAGCUGCUGUAAUUGUUGAGCAGUUAACAUUGUGUGCAUAG